AUGAUUUACUUACUACAAAGAGUUUUCCUUUGUUUGUUUUUUUCAUUAACAACAUUUAAAGCAGUUUAUUCGAUAAACUGCUACCAGUGUUCAGGGACCGACUCCAAUAAUCCAUUUCAGUGCAAUGAGUUUUUAGAAAACGAUGUUGAUUUAGUACCGAUUGACUGUACGACAAUUCAUAAUGCACAAUAUUGUAUAAAGCACGUCGGGAGGUUUGAAGGUGGAAUCAGCACAAAAAGAUAUUGUUCGUCUUUAGAUUUAGGUAACUACUGCAAUUAUGUGCAACAGCCUGGAGACAAACUGGAGUAUAGAACUUGCAUCUACACUUGCAGUACAGAUGGAUGCAAUACUGCUACAAGCUUAAAAACUUCAUCCCUGUAUAUAUUAUUAAUUUUUAUUGCAAAUUGUUUCAUAUUAUAA